AUGUGCUCCAUCACGACAGAUCUUCCCAAUAUAAAUCUUCCCUCGCCACCUGCACAAACGAAUUGGUCGUGCAGGCAGAGAGCUACGCUCUCUUCGAAACCCCCACCUUCGUCAAACCACUACGAUAGUGAUAGUUCUCGAUUCCUGGAGGGCGGUGGGUUUCAACAAGGCAACGGCCACAGCUUCUCCUUCAGCGGUCUUAAGACCCCGCCGACCGACGACAUGAGCGCCGCUUGCCAUCAACCUCCGCUGGGAUACGAUACCCAUGCCUUCCCUCAAGUCCGCCCAGCAUCCGAAUCGACGGUACAAGCCCAACGAUACCGAUCUUACGCUCCUCAGCAACACCAGGCGCCCCAUACCUCUCGACAACCGUCACGACUCCCACCCCUAGUCCAUUCCGAUACUCCAAGUUCCCAAGCCCAGUUGACACCCGCUUCGUCUAACUCGGGCCAGCGAUCCCACCCGAGCGCCCACACCCUUUUGUCCAACGCACAGCAGAGACCUCGGUCCACCACGCCACGAACCGAUGUCCCGAUUACACAAUCCAGAACCAAGGAGAGCAAGGCCCUAUCGCUAACGGGCCAGAGCAACGAACUCCCCGACUUCAUCUGCGCCCAGGGAGGCUCCUUGCCCGAUCUUGUAGCUCAGUUAACUUGCUUCUUCUGGUUCGAACCAAUUGACGUUCUCAAGGCCGCGGGCAAGUUCCGAACGAACAAGACGACGGUGCGGCGACUUUCUUCCGAGUCGAUCCCAGAUGCCACGUUCACGAAAUGGGUGAACACCAUCCUCAACACCACACAGGUGACGCGAAAUGUCAUCUUGUUAGCCCUCCUCUUUAUCUACCGACUUAAGACCACGAAUCCCACGGUAAGGGGCCGAUCGGGAAGCGAAUAUCGAUUGUUGACCGUCGCUCUGAUGCUGGGCAAUAAGUUUCUUGAUGAUAAUACGUAUACCAACAAGACUUGGGCUGAUGUGUCAUAUCUCUCGGUUUCCGACAUUCACCUUAUGGAGGUUGAGUUUUUGAGCAACAUGCGAUACAGUCUAAUGACAACGGCAGAUGAGUGGGAUGAAUGGUUGGACAAAAUGGGAUCUUUUCACGACUACUACGAAGCGGCCCUUAGUCUGCCCGCCCCCACGCCACUCAAGUUGUCGAUCCCGUCACCCACCGCGCCUCUAUACUCAUCUCCGUUACCCUCUCCGACCGCUUACGGAAACGGAAUGAUUCCUUAUGCGGCGAACGGCAUGCCUUCGGCCAAUGGCCAUAACUGGGUUCCAGUCUCAUCACCUAUGGGGAACAGGCCCAAUCUCAAGAUGACGAGCACGAGGAAGAGAAGCGUUGACACGGAUUUGACGGAGCCACCGGCUAAGCGCAUAUCCCACGGACCCUACUCGAUGCCCUCGAUUCCACGAGCUCCAAUCACGUCAAUGAACUCGGUCGCGAUCGCACCUACUGCCGCGGAAUCUGCUCGUCGCCCAGCGCAAGUGCCAACGCUCACCAUCAACACGCAGGCGAUGCCGGCUCAGGUGCCCCUGCAGUAUGGUCAGGCUAUCUCAACUCCGACAGCGACCCAGCCCUCGAUGUCGCUGCCGCCCUUGGUCCCUGGUGUCCGCGCCAUGGCCACGGUCUAUUCGCAAGCCCCAGUCACGGCACCUAGUCUUAACCCUGCUGCUCCCUCGUUCGCUCCGCAGCUGCCAACACCCCAUUCCGGAAUGUCGGGCCAGACGGCGUACUUGGUGCCCCAGCAACCUCCAGCUCAACAACUGCAACAAAUGCAUCAGCCACAGAAUCAGGCCCGUCAUGCUCCUACGAUGACGUUCACGACUCCGACCAAGACUCAGAGCCACGCCCCGCACGCCGGAGUUUACAACUCAUCGCCGCUUUCGGAGGCAUACCAUACGCCUGGCAUUCACACGCCCAUCUCACAUUCGCCGAGCGUCUAUCUCCAGCAGCGACCGAGCCCGUAUAAGCCUGUUCGACACGUCAACACGCUUCUCUACCCCCCGCCUUCGGCUUCUCUCGAAGAGUACCAUCUCGCGGUGCCGCCUCAUCAAAUUCACUACCACCCCCUCGGACGACGGAACGAUUUGCGGACUGGUAUUGUGCCGGACUUCAUGCCGUAUCGUGGAGGAUAUCAGACUCCUACUCCUGCCAGCGAGCCUCGUUACCAGUGA